UAACUAACAGUACCAUAGUCAACCAGGUGUUCGAUGACAUGUUGCCUUUGAGUUAACGUCACCCUGUAUUUGCAGUAUUUUUCGGCGCUCUCCAUAGUCUCUGAGAGACCCUGGACGACUUUGUGUGAAAUGUGCUGCUAGUUUUAUUCACUUUUGUAACGUUAGACAAUGGAGCCUCCGGAUUUCGAAGCCAUGAACUUCACGGCGGAACCAGUGGCGGCGGCGCACCCGAUAUGUGAGGAAUGGAGAGGCACCCCGGAGGGCUCCGUGUUCCACCUCGCCAAUAUCUUCCUUUUCCUCGGCUUCAUGGGCGGCAGCGGCUUAUAUGGACUCCUCUACCUGUUCACCUUUCUGACUAUGGGCUUCUUCUGCUCCACCGUUUGGGCAUGGUCGGACUCCUGCACAACGGACUCUUUCCUGUGGAGUUUCGCACUCUUCGGGGUGUGUUUGGGACAAGUCCUGCACGUUUCCUACCGUCUGAGAAGCGUCUCCUUCGAUAAUGAAUUCCAGGAGAUUUACAACUGCAUGUUUAAAAAACUGGGAGUGUCGCUCGGCCUUUUUGGGAAGAUAGUGGCGUGCUGUGACGGAGACGUCCAGACCAUAGAGAGGGACCACUGCUUCGCCGUAGAGGGAAAAACCGCUAUUGACAAGCUGUCGGUGCUCCUGUCUGGCAGAAUCCGUGUGACAGUUAAUGGAGAGUUUCUGCACUACAUCUACCCUUUCCAGUUUCUGGAUUCACCUGAGUGGGACUCUCUCAGACCAUCAGAGGAGGGUGUAUUCCAGGUGACACUGCACGCCGAUGACCCCUGUCGAUACGUGGCGUGGAGGAGGAAGAAACUCUAUCUGCUUUUCGCCAAGCAUCGCUACAUAGCUAAGAUCUUUGCCCUGGUGGUGCGCAACGACAUCGCAGAGAAGCUGUACUCCCUCAACGACAAGGCUUACGACGAGUCCGGCCACCGCUUUGAUCUCCGCUUACCGAGUUACAUACCAGGGACCGAAUUAGAAAAGGCAGAUGUCUUCCUGCAAGUGCCGGUACAGGGGGCAAAGACUGCCUGAACGAACACACACACGCACACAAACACACACACACACACACACACACACACACACACACACACACACCAGCUCCAAGCCAUAAACAUGAAAGGCCCUAGCUUGCAUCUUGCAUUUAAGUGUCAAUUCAAAAACCGGUACAAUGUUU